AUGCUACAUUCAUUGAACGCACUCGCCGGCAAGAUAUCGCCGGGCGGCGGCCUCGACACUAAUGCGAACAGGCACACACAUCCUAACAGGAAUCACAAGACAUCAUCACCGUCAUCACCAUACUCCAAGACGAAUGGGGUGAAUAUGAAUUUGAAUAACAACAGCACCACUAUCAACAACAACAAUGAAGAGAAGUCUGAUAUACCGGAUCCGGAUUACAUAAAGAUGUUCGUCGGUCAAGUGCCUAGAAGUAUGGACGAAAACGAUCUCCGGCUGAUGUUUGAAGAGUUUGGGAGGGUCCAUCAGAUCAAUGUGCUAAGGGAUAAGAUCACGGGAGCAAGCAAAGGGUGCUGUUUUGUGACGUUUUUCACGAGGAAAGCGGCGUUGAAAGCUCAGGACGCUUUGCACAAUAUCAAAACGUUGAGCGGGAUGCAUCAUCCGAUUCAAAUGAAACCAGCUGACAGUGAAAAUAGAAAUGAACGCAAGCUGUUCGUGGGUAUGUUGAACAAGAAGUUAUCUGAGAACGACGUUCGUACGCUCUUCGCUGGCCAUGGAGCGAUUGAAGAGUGUACCGUCCUGAGAGAUGCUCAAGGCCAGAGUAAAGGAUGUGCUUUCGUUACCUUCGUGUCUAAACAGGCGGCAAUCGCUGCUAUUAAGACGUUACAUCACAGUCAAACGAUGGAGGGCUGUUCAGCGCCGUUGGUAGUGAAAUUCGCUGAUACACAGAAGGAGAAAGAACAGAAGAAGCUACAGGCGAUGCAGGCGAGUUUGUGGGGGUUAACGACCCCUGUGGCCCCUACUUACCUAGCGUCGGAAGCGGCGCUGUCACCUGCAACACAGCUGCAACUGCUACAACAGCUGCAGGCGGUUGGGCUUCAGCAGCAGUUGCUGCAAGGUCAAGGGUCUACUUUAUUACAAGGUGUUAACUAUCCAGAUGUCGGUUUCAAUGGCGCAGGGCUGGGCGGUGGUGUUGGUGUUAGCGCUGGUGGUGAACAGCUGGGUGGGCUCCUGGCACCUGUAAGCGUGCAGAACUUAGCAGCACUUGCAGCAAUGACGCAGCCGGUUACGCAAGCAGCACCCAUAGCUCAACCAGCGGCACCCCAACCCGCAGCACCGCAAUUAUGUAAGUAUUUCUUAAAAAUGAGGUCCACAGCUGAGCCGCUUGGGUCUGCGUAUGCGGCGCAAUUCGGCAGCGCUUUCGCGGCGGCACCGCUUGGAUCUGUAUUGGGAUCAGCGGCGGCUGCAGCGGCGGGGAAACAGGUUGAAGGUCCAGAGGGCGGUAACCUGUUCAUAUACCACCUGCCCCAGGAGUUUACGGACACGGACCUCGCGUCCACGUUCCUCCCGUUCGGCCACGUGAUAUCAGCUAAAGUGUUCAUAGACAAACAGACGAACCUAUCAAAGUGCUUCGGUUUCGUGUCAUAUGAUAACGCAGCCUCCGCGCAGGCCGCCAUCCAAGCGAUGAACGGCUUCCAGAUAGGUACGAAAAGACUAAAGGUACAGUUGAAACGUUCGAAAGAACUUUCUAGACCGUACUAG